CGGAGAGCGAUGGAAGAAGACGCCCUGAGACUGGCCUACACGUGGGGCAUCAUCUCGCUCUGCCUGCCCGCGGCCGUCGCCAACGGGGCCGUGCUCUUCUCCUCGGGGCUGCUGCUGGGCAGGGCAGAGCCGCGGGCCGCCUACAUGCUCCUCGGCAGCAUCGCCCUCGCCGACCUCUUCGCUUCUUGCCUCAUCCUAGUCGGCCUGCUCUACCCGCACGCCGCCAGGACGCCGCUCACCUGUGCCUUUCUCAUAGGUGGAGAAGUGAGCUUCAGCUUGCUAUCCAUGGUAUCUAUCGUUCUCAUCGCAGUGGAAAGAUACUUCUACAUCGUUCACGGUAUCAAGUAUGACAACAUCCUCACACAUAAUAGGAUCCGACUCCUGAUUCUGUGCUCCUGGUUCGUGGCGGUGGGGUUCGGCCUGGUCCCAGAACUGUUCUACAAGAUGGCCGCCUCAGAUGCAGCCUUCCAUUGCAGGUUCGUCAACAUCAACCCGACGGUGGUGGUAGUGGCUGCGUCCGUGGCGAUCCCAGCGCUUCUUGUCACCGCGAUCCUCUACACUGUGGUCUUUGUCCACGUCAGGAGGGCCACUAAAGCCAUCCACAACGGUAAUUCCAGGAUGAAAUUCAGAUCAAUAGUUGUUGUCUUCCUGUCUUCAAUCUGCUUUCUGCUCACCUGGGGUCCGUACAUGGUGACUGGUUUUGGAUAUGGCGUUUUUUGUCAAAAACACGAAGACAAUAAGACCUGUAAAGAAAUGGCUCUCGCUCUUUCAUCUCCUUUAGCACUCCUGGGAUUCUUGAAUUCGGUAUUGAAUCCCAUUAUUUAUGCCUGGUGGCAUAGACCAUUUAAUUUGGCUAUAAGAAAACUUAUCUGUCCAAUGAAAAUGAGAGAACGAGUUAGAAAAGAUAUGUAUGAUGCUGCCUCGAUUGACACGAUAUCGGAAAAAUUUGAUAUGUGAAACUCUGUAAAGUAAUUCUGUGAGUCAUGAAUCUAAAUUUAUCUUUUUUAAGGAUGGUGAUAUACCACCUUUUCUUUCCAUAUUAUAAAAAAAUAUUUUGAAAAUAGGCAAAACCAUAUUUAGUUUUUCAACGUUUUAUGUUAUUGAAUCAGACACAAUGGCUUUAAGUUAUUACUUAUUAAAAGUUGUAUUACGACCUGAAUAGUACAAAGAUGAUCUGAUCGAC